UAAUGUUGAAACACGGGCCUCAUCAUCAUUUCAUCAUCUCUUUCGUCUCCUUUUAUACAUAAGCUCCUCAGCUAUUACCAAAUAUAAAUCCAAUUGUCGAACCAUCAAAACUUCCAGAAUGAUCAACGCAAUAAGAUUGGCAAACAGAGCACAACCACCACAGUCUCUCUUCUCAAAUCCUUUGCCAUACCAUAUUGGUCGUAAUUCAGGUGGUGAGAUCAGAUUCCGACAAGUCGUAACUUCAGCGGGACAACCGGACCACAACAUGGAUCAAACUAAGAAACCUGCAGCAGACAAACAAGAAGAAGGCAAAGCUGCGGACACGAUGUCGAGCUGCUAUGGAGAUGCAUAUGCAACCAGAUCAGAUGAAGAAGGUUUUGGAGGUAUCUAUGGAAGAAACAAAGAGGAUGAGGAAAACAUUAUCCAAGGAAAAGCCCCUGAGUAUGAUCCUAAACAAGGAAGUGAAGUCAAAGAGAAGGAGAAGGCUCGUAAUCAGCGUCAAGCAGCAUGAAGAAAAUUGCCUUGCCAGUUAAUUUACUUCUACUUGGUGACUUGAUAGAGAUAGUCUUUCCUCCUUUUUCCUAGUAUGUACUAAGGUUUUUAGUAUAUAGAAGUAUGUAAUUACAUCUUCCAAAUUGCUGUGUUUUAAUCUUGUAAUAUAUUAGUACGUUUUAAUGUUUCAUUUAUAUUAUUUUUCUCCGUAAUGAAAUUUUGAUGAGAUCUUUAUUAA